CCAGACUUAUCGAAAUGCCAAUGGGUCGCCGCGCAACCGGACGCCCUUUUACUACCCCCUUCCAAAGCACACCUUCCAAGUGGGUUCCUAUUUCCAAUAUCUACCGUUUAGAUCGUUGGAGCUUAGUGCUUCUUCCCUCAAUCUACCUUGUCCAACGGUCAAUCACGUUAUAUUCCCAGCGUUCCCCAAUAUGUCACUGGGGUGGUUUUGCGUGUUCAUCCUCCUUCUUAGCUUCUGGGCAACAGUCGUCCAGUAUUUAAAUAUCUACAAGACGGUUUGGUGGAUUCCUAACGUUACGUCAGAUUUCGCCAUCGUAAAUUCAUAUCGGCUUUGAAAAUUGAUUGUAGGAUUUACGGUCCAUCGACUGCUUUCUGUUUCUACAUGUAUUCACAAUGCUCAUCACACCUCAUCUUUACUGCUUUUUGCUUCAGCUAUUUUCUACUAUCCUGUCCACAUAUCCCAUCAUUCGGUCACUACUUGGCCUGCCCCUACUCAGUUCCUGGCUAUAUUUUACUUUGUGGACCGUCACAAACAUAAACUUUUCUGGAAUAUCUUUUGGGUAUGCUACUCUCUGUGGUGUGCUGCUUCUAUAUUUCCCGCUGAUCGCUCUGUUCGCGUUUCAUCACACUCGCAUACUCAAUACCCUGUACGCCUUCUGGUCUCGAUUGUCUCCAAUCCCUGGUCGACGUGCGAAGAAGGUGCCAGCAACGAACGCUCCUACAACCCCAUGGGUCAAAGUUUGUUUGCAUUUUCACCUCACUGAACUCUACCUGGGUUUUCAGAUUAAGCAUCUUGCAUCGCUGGUCUAUCAGUUAACUACUGACUGGCCUGGUUUAAAGACCACCAGUACUCUAUUUCCAGUCCGGUAUCUGACGAUUUCCACACAUGCGGUCGCUGAAUUUCCCCCAAAUUAUUCCUCUCCAACGGCGUAUUACAGUGUCGAUCCACAAAACAAGUCCCUGGUCCUGCUUCGGCAUCAGUGCUUCGGUGCAUCGGCUGAGCCGAUUCGUGAAGAGGUUCAGACAUACAGAGCGGACUUUAAUGCUCGUCUAUUAACCGUCGUCAUUGGGACAUUUUAUACGACCUAUUACACCUGCAUUUUGCCAUUGUUAUUCGUACAGCCCUCAAAUCUGUUCUACGAUUGCGCAUGGGCCGUACAACAUUGCAUCAUAACUGCAGCUGCAGCCUUUUUGCUUCAUUGGUACUACUACAUACCUUGUGACUACCUGGAUGUGUUGCACCGAAGUGCCCUGCACCUAGGCUCCUGGAACGCUCUCAGUAAUCGGAGUGGCCAGGUACAGCUUAGUGCUUGGUCCCCCUUGCAGGUCUAUCGGGACGGUGUUACAAUCCGGCACGUUCGUGGUCAGUUUUGUUCAUACGGAGUCAACACUGCUGCCGAACCCGGAAACGCUUCCCACGCACGAUUUCAUUCACUCUUUUACCACCCACAGCGAAUCAGCUCGUUGCUUUUUUAUUUGGCUCUGGCGAUUCCGCUGUAUCAACUGAUCAGCCUCAAAUGGGUCUACGAAUGGUACAAACUGGUCGGGCUGGCAGUGAUGGGCCUUUUCAAUCUAUGCAACCUGUACUUUCAAACGCGCAGCUUUUCUGUUGUGCGCAGGGUCUACGCUCCAGAAUGUGCAUUGGAGACAGAAAAACUUAUGCAGCCAAAUAAGUCGCCGAGCACAAUGGUCAAAUCCUCUCUAACAGGAGCUAUUUAAUGUGUAGUUUAUUGUGGCCGAAUCUGUGAUUCCCUGUAUCACUCUAUUGUACCCCGUGUUUGUUUGCUUCAUACACUUAAUAGUUUU